CAAACGCGGCACGUAGACGAUCAACUCGGCACGACAGAAUGAACCCAAAAUACGACUAUCUAUUCAAGUUGUUGCUUACUGGUGACUCUGGCGUGGGAAAGUCAUGCUUGUUACUUAGAUUCGCGGAUGACACGUACAUAGAGAGCUAUAUCAGUACGAUUGGAGUCGACUUCAAAAUCCGGACGAUUGAUCUGGAUGGAAAGACAAUCAAACUUCAAAUUUGGGACACUGCCAGACAAGAAAGAUACCGAACAAUUAGAAAGAGCUAUUAUCAUGCCGCACACAGAAUUAUUGUUGUUUUAUUAUGUAACAGAUCAAGAAUCAUUCACACCGUAAGGCAAUGGCUGCAAGAGAUCGAUCGAUACGCAUGCGGCAAUAUCAGUAGGUUUCUAGUGGGCAACAAGUCCGACCUGACACAAAAAAAAGUUGUCGAUUACACCACAUCUACGGAAUAUGACGAGCAAUUCCAUGUAGAAACGACCGCCAAGAACGCGACCAACGUCGAGCAAGCGUUCAUGACGAUGGCUGCCGAGAUCAAGAAUCGAAUGGGCCCGGCGGUAAGCUCAGAUCCGAAGAAGAUCAAGGUCGGACCUGGCAGCAGCGAGCAUGUGCAGCAGAAGGGCGGCUGCUGUUAACUAAGAGUUACAACUGUUCCGUUGUGCGUAUUCUGUGUGGGUCUUCUAGAGUUGUUUUUAGACAGUAUGUAGUGAACUUUGCUGUCGUGU